AUGAUAGUACUACUGAGAUAUUUUAUCCGUAACAUCAAACAAAUUAUUAAAAUAAUUUUUAUUCUUUGGCUAAUUAAAUUGCUCUAUCGAGUUUUAAAUAGUGAAAAAGUUUUAGAUAGUAUUGGAUUGAUUGAGAGCUGGGGAUAUCCAGCAGAGCAGCACAACAUUACGACAGAUGAUGGAUAUAUUUUGAAGGCAUUUCGAAUACCAUGGAGUCCAUUGAAUUUGUCAAAGAAAAAUCAACAAAAACCAGUUGUUCUUAUGCUAAAUGGAAUGGCAUUACUAUCAGAUGUUUGGCUAUUAAGUCCCAACCGAAGUUUAGCUAAGCAACUUGCUGAUGAAGGCUAUGAUGUUUGGCUGGGUAAUUAUCGUGGUACAACGCAUGGACGUGAUCAUGUUACAUUGUCACCUAAUGACAAAAAAUUUUGGAACUUUAGUAUUUAUGAAUUUGGAUACUAUGAUGUACCAUCAACAAUUGAUUAUGUUUUGAAUGCAACAAAUCAAAAUUCUUUGAUAGUUCUUGGAUAUUCAUUGGGAACAACAUCAUUGUUUACUACAUUAUCAGAACGACCAGAAUAUAAUUCAAAGAAUUUUAUUGAUCCUACUGGAUCUUUUGAAUUACUACCACAAAAAUCAAUUUAUAGUAUAUUAUUCGAAGAAAUAUGUGUCAACUUGAAUAUUGUUGAUUACUGUUUAAUGCCAGUUAAUAUUCUUUGUGGUAAAAAUGAUAAACAAUUCGAUAAUAAGAUUUAUGCCAAUCUUUUAAAUUAUUUUCCUGGUGGAACAUCUGGAAAAGUUUUUCUGCACUGGGCGCAAUCAGCAAAAAUUCGAAAAUCUCAACAGUAUGAUUAUCAAAAUGAAAAAGAAAAUAUAGAACAUUAUGGUACAUCAAAACCUCCACUAUACGUUACUGAAAUAACUAAAAGAAUUUCGAGCAAAGCUAUUGUUGAACAGGUAUCUGACGAAAAUUUCAAUCAUCUUAACUUUAUAACUGCUAAAAAUGUGAAAGAAAUAUUCAACGAUAGAAUAAUCGAGUAUCUUGAUCAAUUUACAAAAGGAAAAAUUAUUUUUUAA